AUGCAAGAUAAACCACAAGUCUGUCUUGGUUUUGAUAUAUGUUAUAUAUGGAUUUCUUUACAAUUUGGUGUAAAAGAAGUUGGCUGCCUUUUCUUUGCUGAAGUUGGUGGUGGGACUUAUAUGCAGCCACUUGAUGGUUCUUCGGUAGUGAAGGUGCAAGUAAGUGUUGUUGAAAAUCCUGAAGAAGCAUCAUUCUUUGAGCCAUAUGAAGCAGCACACUCCAUGCAUGAUUUAUCUAGUUUGAUUGCCCAACACUGCCGGUUAGAAUUGACAGUCAGGCAAAAAUAUGGUGCCCUGUCCAGAGGAGAUGGAGCCAUAUAUCUGCGUUUUCCUUACAAAGGGUAUCGAGAGAAAAUAUGGGAUCAUGCUGCUGGGUGUAUUGUUGUAACUGAUAUGGACCAAUUUCACUCCAUCAUUGAAGCUGGGGGUGUGGUUAUAGAUACUGCAUGGCAGCCCUUGGAUUUUUCCAAGGGAAAGCAUCUUGAUAUGGACACAGGCAUCAUUGUCACUAACCAGAAGUUAAUGCCAUUACUGUUGAAUGUAGUUAAAAAAUCCCUGAAAGAGAAAGCUCCAUCGUCAUGA